AAGCCUCUCUCUAUAUAUACAUAUCUUCCCCAUCUUCAUUUUCCCUUUCUAUUUUACGAAUAAAUAGUAAAUAAUUUGAUUUUCCAUAGAAGGACUAGGGUUUCCUUCCCCUUUUCCCCUCUCCAGAAGAAACAAAUAAAGAAAAAAAAGAAGAAAAAUUGUUGUGGAUUUCAAUUCCCGAAUUCAGUGUUUCUACGGUUUCGCAUUUUUCCCUUUGUUUGAGUUAGCUGAAACUCGACCCUGGUUUGUUCAUAGAAAGAAAAGGGGUUGUUGCUUCUUCUUCUUCUUCUUGGGUUUCUUCAUUUCGAAUUCUAAUUGGGGGAUCGUGUUAGGGUUUUGGGGUUUCGCUUGAUUUUUUAUUGUUGUUAUUGUUGCUGUUGCUGUUGUUGUUGUUGUGAGAAAUGGACAAGAAAAAGGUGGCGGUACCGCUGGUGUGCCAUGGGCAUUCUCGGCCGGUGGUUGAUUUGUUCUACAGUCCGAUCACGCCCGAUGGGUUCUUUCUUAUCAGCGCCAGUAAAGACUCUAGUCCAAUGUUGAGAAAUGGGGAAACCGGAGACUGGAUUGGUACGUUUGAAGGCCAUAAAGGUGCAGUAUGGAGUUGCUGCUUAGAUACCAAUGCAUUACGUGCAGCAUCUGCUUCAGCAGAUUUUACUGCGAAAUUAUGGGAUGCAUUGACUGGAGAUGAAUUGCAUUCAUUUGAUCACAAGCAUAUUGUUCGAGCAUGUGCCUUUUCAGAGGAUACACACCUUCUACUAACUGGUGGACUUGAGAAGAUUCUUCGCAUAUUUGACUUGAACCGCCCAGACGCGCCUCCAAGAGAAGUGGAUAAUUCUCCUGGUUCAAUUAGAACUGUUGCAUGGCUUCAUAGUGAUCAGACCAUAUUGAGUUCUUGUACCGAUAUGGGUGGUGUUAGGUUGUGGGAUCUGAGAAGUAACAAGAUUGUGCAUACACUCGAGACCAAAUCACCAGUGACCAGCGCUGAAGUUAGUCAGGAUGGUCGCUAUAUAACUACUGCUGAUGGAUCUACUGUCAAGUUCUGGGAUGCAAAUCAUUUUGGAUUGGUGAAGAGCUAUGACAUGCCAUGCAGUGUAGAAUCAGCUUCAUUGGAACCAAAGUUGGGAAAUAAGUUCAUUGCUGGAGGAGAAGACAUGUGGGUCCGUGUGUUUGAUUUCCAUACUGGAGAGGAGAUAGGUUGCAACAAAGGUCACCACGGUCCUGUCCACUGUGUGCGUUUCUCACCCGGAGGGGAAUCCUAUGCUUCAGGAUCCGAAGAUGGUACCAUUAGAAUAUGGCAGAUAGGCCCAGUGACUCAUGAAGAUAACGAAUCAGUUUCUGGCAAUGGACCAAGUGGGAAAGUGAAGGCUGUGGCUGAAGAGGUUGCUCGUAACAUUGAGGGCUUUCAUAUAAUCAAGGAAGGGAAAACUACAGAUGCAUGAAACGGCCUUGAGUUAAUCAGCGCAUUCAACAAGUUUUUCUUUCUGCUUGCUUGGCAAGUUAGGCUUGUGGGUGUCUCUUUUGGCUUUUGUGUUUGUCCUGCGGAUAGCAAUAAAAUGGACUCCUUUUCUUUUCAAACUGUGUCUUGUUAGCCUCUUUGAUGUUCAUAAACUUGUGAAAUCCUUUUUUUUUUUUUUUUACCUGUUCUCGGUAAAUUGUGUUUAGAAUUCACCUCAACGCUCAUAAACCACUAAUUUUGUAUUACCUUCCAACAAGGGCAAUAUGAUAACGUAUACAGUUCUGUGGUUUUUUCUUUCAUUUCAGUUCUGUGUUGGGUUCUCUUUAUAUUUUGAUAAUAAUUCAAAAUCAUGAUU